UGUUCGGCCUUUUCCGCCAGCCGUCGGGACGCUUCGCUGGAUUGCCAUAACAACAGAAACAAAGAUGGCGCCGAAGAGAUGAAAAAGAAGUUCUUUUCUUGACAUGAAAAACUAAGAAAACUGCGAAUAUAUUGACAGACCAAGCGUCGACGAGGAUUACCUACCAAAGUUUAUCAUAUAGACAGUCCAUAGAACAGCCACCAAGAUGGCACACAUGAAUGGUACAAAUGGACACACAAACGGCGCCAGGCCACGCAACUCGAGAAACGGAGUCAACGGGGUCCCCCGGCUCCCGCCCAUCCCCACAAACUCCACCGCCCUGACAGCCAAUGGGAGGGACUUCAGCAAGAGCAAGCUGAUGACAUACAGACGGAGCGAACAGAUGCAGUCACUGCUGCAGGGCAUCUUGCAAGAACAGGCCGUUAAGGCCCAACAGGACACAGUUGACAACUUGAGAAGAAUUCCGCCCUCCCCACCCCCGCCUGAGAUACCAGAUUCGAUGUCGAGCGCAGAGAGAAAAAUCAGACAAAACUACAUCUACCUGAGGAAGUGUGUAGAGAACGGCCCUGUGGUGCCCCUGCAGCAGGAGUGGUUAGACUCCAUCCUGUCCAUGGUUCCCCAGAAGCUACAGAGCACCCCCUGGUGCAGGGAGAAGAUACAGGCUCUGUUUGCUGAGGUGGACAAGGACUACCAGGCCAGCAUGAAGAAAUCCAUGGUCCAACAAGUCCUGGUGAAACCUGGUGUGAAAGGUCUAGACCAGGAGGUGUCAGGGCCACCCCCACAGGAGCCCAUGGGUCUGGACUACUCCUCCCCGUGGAGAGACUCGUACAACGCUGCCAAGGCCUCCAUUGACAGGAACCUGCACAUCCUGCACCCCUCCAUGCAGACCGUGCUCAGGCUGUGUCAGGACAUGCUCGGCCACAUGAUCCUCAUAGACCUGUCAGAGUCCAGAGGGCCUUAUGAGUGUGAGCACCUGAAGAAUAACGUGAUUCUUGAGCUUGAGAAGGCAGAGGAGAGACUCAUGCACAUCUGGUACCCCAAGGUGGUGGGGAUCUACGCCAACGACGACGCCCUGGCCGGGAUACGGGCCGACCGACAGGACUCCUUCUUCAACUGUGUGACCACGCUCCUGUCCAAUCAGAUCCGUAACCUCCUGGAGAGAACAGUGUCUGCCUGGGUGGAGCUGUUCGAGCCUGAGAACAAGAUGAAGCUGCCUAUCUUUAAGGUGGAGCUGACGUUUGAUGAUGACAUCAACAAGAUGGAGUUCUACCCUGCCUACCAGGACCUGGAGGACACCGUGGUGUUCGUCAUGGAGCAGAUCGGUCGCAGUCUGCAGUCUGUGUCCACUCCUCAGUCCUGGCUGGCUGGAGGCAGCACCACAGUAAACGUUGAGGCGAGCGUGGCGGACCACAUCGUGAGGUGGGCCACCACCAGGCUCAGGGAGGCCUGCAAGAGCAACUUUGAAGGGGCAGAGCUUCAUCUGCAGGAGUACAUUGAGAAAUAUGACUACCUGGUGAAUGGAGAGGCCGAGAAACAGAUCAAGACAUUCCUUGAGGAGGAACACACCUUCUUGGAGUACUGCCAGUAUAUCGAGAAGUUCCGUAAGAUUGUGAAGGAGAUAGCCGGGCUGCCCAGCAUCAUCCACUUUGACAUGGUCCGGCUGGACUGUGAGGACCUGAAGAGGGGGCUGCAAGAGAGGGUCCGACACCAUGCAGACGUCCUGUUGGAGAGGGUGUCUGACGACCAUCGCAAGGAGAACGAGUCCAUCUGUAAGGAGUUUGAGACGAUUAAGGAGCGGGCUCUGAAGGACCCUGAGAACAGCGAGGAGAUGAUGGAUCAGAUUUCUUACAUCGAGCAGGCCCGGUCCAUCGGGCUGCUGCAGCUCAACAACAGGAUCACGGAGUGCCAGAACCGCCUGUCGUACCUCCUUGAUGCCUACAUCUUCCAGCAGGAGGAUCUGGACCUCAACACCACCGUGCUGCUCUGGCCACGGGAGAUACACCCCAUCUUUGAACAGAACGAUGAGCUUAUAGAGAAAGCCAAGCAGCAGGGCGAGAGCCAGCUGCACCAGAAGCGCGAGCGGGUGAUGCUGGAGCUGGACAAGCUGAAGAGGAAGGUGGAGGAGUUCGCUGACCUGGCCGAGCUGGACAUGAUGACUCAGUACCUCACGGACAUCAGGACUGUCCAGAAACGCCUCACAGAGGCACAGGAGCAGAUCACCUUCAUCAACAAGGAGGAAGUGCUGUACAAGUGGGACGUGACAGAGUACCCAGAAGUGAACCUGAUCUCCACAGGAAUUGACCCGUACCAAAAACUUUUCUCCACGGUCGUGAAGUGGCAGCGGGCGGAGAAGCGAUGGAUGGACGGAGCCUUCGGGGAUCUGGAGGCCGAAACGGUGGAGGCAGAGGUGGAUGAGUACCAGAGGGAAAUCUACAAGAUGCAGAAAGUCUUCAACCUCAAGGCCAAGAAGGACGCCAUCAAGAAGUCUGACGCCGAGUCCAAGACGAAGAAAAAGACCCCAGGGAAGAAGGAAGAUGAGGUCACCAGCCCCUCCAUCGAGGUCUGCAAGACGAUACAAGGCGGCAUCCGCGACUUCAAGGAGCACAUUCCGGUCAUCGCCACCAUGUGCAACCAGGGUCUCAGAGACCGCCACUGGAAGAAGAUGUCAGAGAUCGCAGGGUUCGACCUGACGCCGGAUUCCGGUACGACCCUGCGGAAGAUGCUGAAGAAGAACCUGGGGCCGUUCAUGGAGCAGUUCGACCAGAUCAGUGGGGCAGCCAGCAAGGAGUUCUCCCUGGAGAAGGCGCUGGCCCGGAUGGUGGAGGAUUGGGACGAGGUCGCCUUCAACUGCAUCGCCUACCGAGACACGGGCGUGUCCAUCCUGUCCUCCGUGGACGAGGUGCAGACCAUGCUGGACGACCAGAUCGUCAAGACACAGACCAUGAGGGGGUCCCCCUUCAUCAAGCCAUUUGAGAAGGAAAUCAAGGAAUGGGAGGAGCGGCUAUUGCGUAUUCAGCACACACUUGACGAGUGGUUGAAGAUACUGAUACUAAUCUCCCCCACCCCCAUCCAGGUUCUCCAAGCCACAGCCAUGCCCAACAUGCUGGAGAAGCUGCAAGACUCCAACAACCUGCUGGACAAGAUCAUGAAGGGGCUGAACGCCUACCUGGAGAAGAAGAGACUGUUCUUCCCCAGGUUCUUUUUCCUGUCCAACGACGAAAUUCUUGAGAUCUUGUCGGAGACGAAGGACCCGACCCGAGUGCAGCCCCAUCUUAAGAAGUGCUUCGAGGGCAUCGCUAAGCUGGACUUCCUGGAGAACCUGGACAUCCAGGCCAUGAUGAGCAGCGAGGGAGAGAAGGUUGACUUCAGCACCAACAUCUCGACCUCGGAGGCGCGCGGUGCCGUGGAGAAGUGGCUGGUGCAGGUGGAGGCCGUCAUGCUGGGCAGUAUGAGGGACGUCAUCGAACAGUCCAAUGAGGCAUAUGCGCUGAACGACCGUACAGACUGGGUGCGGGAGUGGCCGGGCCAGGUGGUGCUGUGUGUGGACCAGAUGUACUGGACCAUCGAGGUGCACGAGGCCAUCCGCAGCGGGCCUCAGGGGCUCAGGGAGUACUACGACAAGCUGCAGGAGCAACUCGGGGGCAUUGUUGAGCUGGUGAGAGGGAAGUUAUCCAAACAGAACAGAGUGACACUGGGAGCGCUGGUGACACUGGACGUGCACGGAAGGGACAUCGUGCUGGAGAUGGCAGACAGCGGAGUUGCCCGAGAGAACGACUUCCUGUGGUUGGCCCAGCUGAGGUACUACUGGGAGGAGAACAACUGUCAAGUCAAACUCAUCAACGCCAACGUCAGAUAUGCCUACGAGUACCUGGGCAACACACCAAGGUUGGUGAUCACCCCAUUGACCGACCGUUGCUACCGUACGUUGGUGAGCGCCUUCCACUUGAACCUGAACGGAGCCCCCGAGGGGCCAGCAGGAACGGGGAAGACUGAGACAGUGAAGGAUCUGGCCAAGGCUCUGGCUGUACAGUGUGUGGUGUUCAACUGUUCAGAUGGGCUGGACUACAUCGCUAUGGGCAAGUUCUUUAAGGGCCUGGCAUCGGCAGGUGCCUGGGCGUGCUUCGAUGAGUUCAACAGGAUUGAUCUGGAGGUGCUGUCUGUGGUGGCACAGCAGAUCCUGUGCAUCAUCCGUGCCAUCCAGGGCCACGUGUCAGUCUUCUCGUUUGAGGGGACGGAGCUGACCCUGAAUGCCAACUGUUACGUGGCCAUCACGAUGAACCCUGGGUACGCCGGCCGGUCAGAACUGCCAGACAACCUCAAGGUGUUGUUCCGAACAGUCGCUAUGAUGGUGCCGGACUACGCCAUGAUCGGCGAGAUCUCUCUCUACUCCUGCGGCUUCAUCGACGCCCGCAACCUAUCCGUGAAGAUUGUGACGACCUACCGUCUGUGUUCCGAGCAGCUCUCGUCACAGUUCCAUUACGACUACGGCAUGCGCGCCGUGAAGGCUGUGCUGUCGGCUGCUGCAAACCUGAAGCUGAAGUUCCCAGAUGAAAAUGAGGACAUUCUGCUCUUGCGGUCCAUCAAAGACGUGAACCUGCCCAAGUUCCUGUCCUUCGACAUCCCCCUGUUCGAGGGCAUCGUGUCGGAUCUGUUCCCGGGAACCAAGCUGCCCACGCCCGACUAUGAGGUGUUCCUGAACAACGCCCGCGACAUCUGUGCCAAGAAGGUGCUGCAGCCAGUCGACAUCUUCUUCGAGAAAAUGAUCCAAACCUACGAGAUGAUGAUCGUCAGACACGGGUUCAUGUUGGUGGGUGACCCCUUCUCGGCUAAAACCAUGGUUCUGGAGGUUCUCGCUGAGACCCUGACUCUGCUGAAUGAUCAAGGCCUGAAUGAGGAGGACAAGGUGAUGUACCGUAUCAUCAACCCCAAGUCCAUCACCAUGGGUCAGCUCUUCGGCCAGUUUGACCCCGUCUCCCACGAGUGGACAGACGGAGUCGUGGCAAACACCUUCCGAGAGUUCGCUUCUACAGACACAUCUGACAGGAAGUGGGUGUGGUUUGACGGCCCCAUCGACGCCCUGUGGAUCGAGAACAUGAACACCGUACUAGACGACAACAAGAAACUGUGCCUGAUGAGCGGUGAGAUCAUCCAGAUGUCCCCUCCUAUGAGCCUCAUCUUCGAGGUGCAGGAUCUCUCCCAGGCCUCGCCCGCCACUGUCAGCAGAUGUGGCAUGGUAUACCUGGAACCCUCCCAGCUUGGCUGGCGACCCAUCAUGACGUCCUGGGCCCUGCAGCUGCCUCAGGCUGUAAGAGAGGAGGACGCCACCGUGAAGGCCAUGUUUGAGUGGAUGCUGCCGCCUGCACUCAGGUUCAUGAGGAAAUACUGCAAGGAACUGGUACCUACCCAAGACAACAACCUGGCCCGCUCCCUGAUGUACCUGAUCGAGAUGAUGCUGAAGGACGGGCUGGGAGACGACCUGGAGUCCAAGAACCCCAACUGCAAGACCUGGGUCCAGUCCAUUUUCAUCUGGUCGCUGAUCUGGUCCGUCGGUGCAACGUCUGAUGGCGACGGUCGGGACCGGUUCGACAAGUGGCUGCGUGAGUUCAUGCAGGGCAAGGACGAGAAGUUCCCCAUGCCCUCAACUAUCGGCAAGAUUGACGUCCCCAUCCCAGACCAGGGAACGGUCUACGACUACCUAUUUGAGACCAAGGGUCGUGGGAAGUGGAUCCCCUGGACCAACAUGAUCAGCAGCACUCUGACGGCCGACAAGAACACAAAGAUGUCAGAGAUUCUGGUCCCCACCAUGGACACGGCACGGUACACCUACAUCAUGGAUGUCUGCAUCAGGCAUGGCAGGACCCUGAUGUAUGUUGGUCCCACCGGAGUGGGUAAAAGUGUGUACAUCAAGGACAAGCUGAUGAACAACCUGUCCAAGGAUGACUACCUGCCCAUGUUUGUCAACUUCUCAGCCAGGACAUCAGCAAAUCAGUCACAGAACAUGAUCAUGUCCCGUCUGGACAAGCGGAGGAAGGGCGUGUUUGGACCCCCCAUGGGGAAGAAGUGCAUCAUCUUUGUGGACGACCUGAACAUGCCGGCGAGGGAGCAGUAUGGAGCCCAGCCUCCCAUCGAACUCCUCCGGCAGCUCCUGGACCACGGAUACUGGUAUGACCUAAAGGAGACCACAAAGAUCACCCUGAUCGACGUGCAGCUUCUCACGGCCAUGGGCCCUCCGGGCGGCGGGCGCAAUCCCAUCACCCCCCGCUUCCUGCGCCACUGCAACGUUAUCUCCAUCAACCCCUUCAACGACGACACCAUGAUCAAAAUCUUCUCCUCAAUCAUGGCCCUCUACCUGAAGAACAAUGAGUUCUCGACAGAGUUCUUUGCCACUGGUACCCAGAUAGUCAGUGCUACAUUGCAGGUGUACAAGGAGGCCAUGUCCACCCUGCUGCCCACCCCCACCAAGUCCCACUACACCUUCAACCUGCGGGACUUCGCUCGUGUCAUCCUGGGUGUCCUGCUCAUCAAGAAGGAGACCCUGGACAGCAAGCGCACCUUUAUCCGACUUUUCGUGCACGAGGUGUUCCGGGUGUACUACGACCGCUUGGUCGACGACGAGGACAGGGCAUGGCUGUUCAAGCUGAUGAAGGGUAUUGUGAAGGACCAGUUCAAGGAGAACUUCGACACAGUGUUUGAAGCACUUGCUGAACCAAACAUGCCUCUGGUUGAGGACAACAUGCGGUCCCUGAUGUUUGGCGACUACAUGAAGCCCGACCUGGAGGGGGACGACCGUUUGUACGAGGAGGUGGACUCCAUGGAGGAGUUCAAUGCUGUGGUGGAGCAGUGCUUGGAAGAAUACAACCAGACCCACAAGGCCGUCAUGAACCUGGUCAUAUUCAGGUAUGUUCUGGAACACCUGUCCCGUAUUGCACGUGUCCUGAAGCAGCCGGGCGGAAACGCCAUGUUGGUUGGUGUCGGCGGCAGCGGCCGUCAGUCGCUGACCAGACUGGCCACCAGUAUGUCCGGUAUGGGCCUUUUCCAGCCGGAAAUCAGCAAGAGCUACGGACACAAUGAGUGGAGGGAGGACCUUAAGUCGUUGUUGAGGAGUGCCGGUGCCCAGGGCAAGAAGACGGUCUUCCUUCUAACAGACACUCAGAUCAAGGAGGAGUCCUUCCUUGAAGACGUGGACAGCCUUCUGAACACUGGCGAGGUCCCCAACAUCUUUGCUGUGGAUGAGAAACAAGAAAUCAUGGAGACCGUGCGCCCAGUCAUGGCCCAGCAGGCUACAGACAAGGACGCAGACUUCAGCCCACUGGCACUGUUCAGUUUCUUCGUGAGCCGCUGCCGAGAGAACCUCCACGUGGUGAUCGCCUUCAGCCCCAUUGGCUCGGCCUUCAGGAACCGGCUCCGCAUGUUCCCCUCGCUCAUCAACUGCUGCACCAUCGACUGGUUCCAGCCAUGGCCAGAAGACGCCCUGCAGCGAGUGGCUGUGAAGUUUCUGGAGGCUGUGGAGUUGACUGACCUGGAGAGGGAGGAGACGGUCAACCUCUGUAAAUACUUCCACACCUCCGCCAGGGAGCUGUCCGAAAAGUUCCUUCAUGACCUUGGACGCCACAUGUACGUGACCCCCACCUCCUACCUGGAGCUGAUCAACGCCUUCAAGACGCUGCUGGGGAGGAAGAGAAACACUGUCUUGAAAGCCAAGAACAGAUACGAGGUUGGCCUGGAGAAGCUGGCCUUUGCAGCAUCACAGGUUGCAGAGAUGCAGAAGGAACUGGAAGACCUGCAGCCUCAACUCAUUACAGCUUCAGCCGAGAAUGAGAAAAUGAUGGUGGUGAUUGAGUCCGAGACAACGGAGGUGGAGGCCAAGAGCAAAGUGGUGAAAGCUGACGAGGCCGCAGCCAAUGAGAAGGCAGCUGAGGCCCAGGCACUGAAGGAUGAGUGUGAGUCUGACCUGGCAGAGGCCAUUCCUGCACUGGAGGCUGCCCUGGCUGCACUGGACACUCUCAAGCCUGCAGAUAUCACCAUUGUGAAGUCCAUGAAGAACCCCCCGUCCGGAGUGAAGCUUGUGAUGGCGGCCGUCUGUGUCAUGAUGGACAUCAAAGCGGAAAAGAUCAAUGACCCGGCCGGCACGGGACAGAAGAUACUGGACUUCUGGGGACCCAGCAAGAAGCUGCUGGGAGACAUGAACUUCCUGCAGAAACUGAAGGAAUACGACAAGGAUAACAUUGCGGUGCACAUCAUGAAGAAGAUCCGUGCAGAGUACAUGACCGAUCCGGAGUUCGUGCCUGCCAAAGUAGCCAAGGCCUCCUCGGCCGCUGAGGGGCUGUGUAAGUGGAUAUCGGCCCUUGAUAUCUACGACAGGACGGCCAAGGUGGUCGGGCCAAAGAAGGAGAAGCUGGCCAUCGCUAACAAGGACUUAUCGGAGACCAUGGCUGUCUUAAAUGCCAAGAGAAAGGAACUUAAGGAAGUUGAGGACCGUCUAGCAAACCUGCAGAAGACGUUUGCAGACAUGGUUAAGAAGAAGGAGCAGCUGGAAUUCCAGGUGGACCUGUGCGCCAAGAAACUGGAGCGCGCCCAGAAACUCAUCAGUGGACUGGGAGGGGAGAAGGACAGAUGGACUGCUGCAGCCGCCACCCUGCAGGAGGAGUAUGACAACCUGACAGGUGACGUGCUCAUCUCCUCAGGUGUCAUCGCCUACCUGGGUGCCUUCACCGCUGCAUACAGGAUACAGUGCACACAGGACUGGUCAAGGAUGUGCCAGACUAAGAAGAUCCCCUGUUCCAAGGAGUACUCCCUGAUGAAGAGCCUGGGAGACCCCAUCAAGAUCCGCGCCUGGAACAUCGCGGGGCUGCCCACCGACAGCUUCUCUGUCGACAACGGUGUCAUUGUGGACAACUCCAGGAGAUGGCCCCUGAUGAUUGAUCCCCAGGGCCAGGCCAACAAGUGGGUGAAGAACUCAGAGAAGGACCACAAACUGUCCGUGAUCAAGCUGACGGACAAUGACUACAUGCGUACGCUGGAGAACGCCAUCAAUUUCGGCAACCCUGUGCUGCUAGAGAACGUUCAGGAGGAGCUCGACCCCUCACUGGAGCCUCUUCUCCUCAAGCAGACCUUCAAACAAGGUGGUGUUGACUGUAUCCGUCUGGGUGAGAACGUGAUCGAGUACUCCGCUGACUUCCGCUUCUACAUCACCACCAAGCUGCGCAACCCGCACUACCUGCCGGAACUGCAGGUCAAGGUGGCGCUGCUGAACUUCAUGAUCACCCCCGAGGGCCUGGAGGACCAGCUGCUGGGUAUCGUGGUGGCCAAGGAGAGGCCUGAUCUUGAAGAAGAGAAGAACGCCCUCAUUCUCCAGUCUGCUGCCAACAAGAAGGCACUGAAGGAGAUCGAGGACAAGAUCCUCGAGACACUGUCCUCCUCUGAGGGGAACAUCUUGGAAGACGAGUCGGCCAUCCAGGUGCUGGACUCCUCCAAGGUUCUGUCCAACGAGAUCUCCAAGAAACAACAGAUUGCUGAGGAGACAGAGAAGAAGAUUGACGAGAACCGCGCCGGGUACCGCCCCAUCGCCACCCACUCCUCCAUCCUGUUCUUCUCCAUUGCAGACCUGCCCAACAUCGACCCCAUGUACCAGUACAGCCUCACCUGGUUCAUCAACCUCUUCAUCAACUCCAUCGCUGACAGUAACAAAUCCAAGAUCCUGGAGAAGCGCCUGCGGUACCUGUCGGACCACUUCACCUACUCGCUGUACUGCAACGUCUGCCGCUCCCUGUUUGAGAAGGACAAGCUGCUCUUCUCCUUUGUGCUGUGCUGCAACAUCCUCAUGGCUAAGGAGCAGUUGGACCGUGAGUCCUUCAUGUUUUUCCUGACGGGUGGAGUCGGUCUUGAGAACAAACGGAAGAACCCCGACCCCAGCUGGGUGUCCGACAAGACCUGGGACGAGGUCUGCAGGGCCAACGACCUCAAGCCCUUCAGUGGCUUCAGAGAACACUUCCAGGACAAUGUGGACUCCUGGAGGAAGAUGUAUGACUCCAAGGAGCCUCACAAGUUUCUUCUGCCCUCGCCUUGGCAGGACAAGCUUUCUUCCUUCGCCAAGAUGAUCGUAUUGAGGUGUAUCAGACCUGACAAGGUGACACCCAUUGUGACGACGUUUGUGACAGACAACCUGGGUAAGAAGUUCGUUGAACCUCCACCGUUUGACCUGAGUAAGAGUUACGUGGAUUCCAACAGCUGUGCGCCCCUGAUCUUCGUCCUGUCGCCCGGCGCGGACCCCAUGGCCAGUCUGCUCAAGUUUGCCGAGGACAAGGGCUUCAGUGGAGACAAGUUUAAUGCCAUCUCUCUUGGACAGGGACAGGGCCCCAUAGCUGCCAAGCUGAUCAGCAAUGCGACGAAAGACGGCACGUGGGUGUGCCUGCAGAACUGCCAUCUGGCCACCUCCUGGAUGCCUGCCAUGGAGAAGAUCUGUGAGGACUUCAACCCCGAGGUGGUCAACCCCGACUUCAGGCUCUGGCUCACCUCAUACCCAUCGGAUAAGUUCCCAGUGGUCGUGCUUCAAAACGGCGUCAAGAUGACGAACGAGCCUCCGACAGGCCUGCGCAUGAACCUGCUCCAGUCCUACCUGAACGACCCCAUCUCCGACCCGGAGUUCUUCGAGGGCUGCCCCGGGAAGGAGCUGCAGUGGGAGAAGCUGCUGUUUGGGCUCUGCUUCUUCCAUGCUCUGAUCCAGGAGAGGAGGAAGUUUGGUCCCCUCGGGUGGAACAUCCCGUACGGGUUCAACGAGUCCGAUCUGCGCAUCAGCAUCAGGCAGCUACAGAUGUUCCUGAAUGAGUAUGAGGAGAUCCCCUUCCCUGCCAUCUCCUACCUGGCUGGCGAGUGUAACUACGGAGGCCGUGUGACAGACGACAAGGAUCGCCGCACCCUCCUCACGAUCCUCGCCGACUUCUACCGACCAGACAUCGUGUAUGACAGCAAGUACAAGUUCUCCCCCAGCGGGAACUACUUUGCACCACCCAAGGGCGACUACGAAAGCUAUGUCAACUUUAUCAAGAACCUGCCCUUCUCCCAGCACCCUGAGAUCUUCGGCAUGCACGAGAACGUCGACAUCUCCAAGGAGCUGCUGGAAACCAGACAGCUGUUUGACUCCAUCCUCCUCACACAGGGAGGCGGUGUUGCAGGAGGUGGGGAGAAUGCCUUGUUUGAGAUCGCUAAAGACAUCCUCAGCAAACUGCCCAAGAGCUUUGACCUGGAGGAAGCCCAGGAGAAAUACCCUGUCAAGUAUGAGGAGAGCAUGAACACUGUACUGGUGCAGGAGAUGGAGCGCUUCAACAAACUGUUGGACAUCAUCCGGUCCUCGCUGCAGAACCUUCAGAAGGCCAUCAAGGGUCUGGUGGUGAUGUCGGCAGAGCUGGAGGGUGUGGCGCACAGCCUGACCGUGGGGAAGGUCCCCGCCAUGUGGGCCAAGCGCUCCUACCCCAGCCUCAAACCGCUGGGCAGCUACAUCGCUGACUUCCUCAACAGGAUCGUCUUCCUACAGACCUGGAUGGACAAGGGGAAGCCGAUGGUAUUCUGGAUCUCCGGGUUCUUCUUCACGCAGGCCUUCCUGACGGGCGCCAUGCAGAACUACGCCAGGAAGUACACCAUUGCUAUCGACAAGCUGGUCUUCGACUUUGAGGUGAUUCCCCGUGAGACGAGUGACACAGCGCCCGAGGACGGUGUAUACGUCAUCGGCCUGUUCCUGGACGGCUGUCGCUGGGACAAGAAGAAGGGAGUGCUGGCUGAGCAGGUCCCCAAGAUCCUGAACGAGCCCAUCCCGAUCAUCUGGGUGAAACCAGCGCUUAAAGCCGACCUCCCCGACCGGGGAGACUACCAGUGCCCGGUCUACAAGACCUCGGAGCGUCGCGGCGUGCUCCUCACGACCGGACACUCCACCAACUUUGUACUGAUGAUCGCCCUCCCCACCGACAAGCCUGUCCAGCACUGGAUCAAGCGUGGCGCCGCCAUGUUGUGUCAGCUGGAUGACUAGAGUUUACUGUCAAUAUUAUAAUUUUACUCGUGGACUUCACUUUCUUGUGUAACAAAUUUGUAUGCAGUGAAAGAUAUUGAACAGUAUGUUAAGUGUUCUUUUUUGUAAACUUUCAAGUCCAUUAUUGCACAUUAGUGUUUCAGUCACUGGACUCUCCAUAAGAACUGAUAUACUACAAAGAUUAAGGAAUUUUGUUAUCAAAACUGUAUGUAUUAUGAAGAUCACCACCUUUAAGAGCUAGACAUGUUAUUAAGGUGACUGUCCAAGUUUGAUGUUUGAUGUACAUUCAAUUAUGUCGACUUCAGAAGGGAAGUUGUCAUCUUUUCUGGAUACCCAAGUCCUAUGCUGCUGUGCCUGAAUAUAAAAUUUAAUGGAGUGUACUUCAAUAUUUUGCACUAUUGAUGGGGAUAUCUACAUGUAUGCCCCCUGUACAUAACAAUAAGAUGAAGCAUAAAAGUUUUUGUUGUAUUGAAUUGCAGAUAGCUGUAUUGAAUGUGUUAUCAGAAAUUCUUUCGGGAAUGUUGUGGAUAGGAUGAAUUCUGCCUCAGUCUGUAACAUAAGUAUACAAAUGUAUGUGACACGAAGUCCAGAUGAAUUCUACAUUGAAACUUCAGUGCAGUGGUGAUGACGUCACAUGCAGUGAAUUUCUCUUUAGCUGCUAAAUAUUCUCUGUAGUCUGCAACCACUUGGAUUUGCAUUGUAAUUUUGAAAGAAAAAGAAAUUUGCCAAUAUUACUAAUUAAAAGUGUAUAUUUGUCUGAGCACUCACAUCACCACAGUUGACUGUAAAAUGAAACACAAUCUAUUUUUGUAGUUAGGAGUGUAUGUCACAAGUCUGUGUGGUUAUAUUUUCUGUAUUUGGGCAAGUAACUGUAUAAAUUCUGGUUUGUUUCCGGAGGAUUCUGAUAAUGAUGUUUAUGUAUAUAUGUAUUUUCCAAGACCGUGUGAGAUUUUAAACUUCUCUUUUGGUGAAUAAAAGAACACUGGUGUUUUACA